UUUUCAGCGUUCUAAUACAUGCACAGAUAUGUGCGCAGGUAUCUGCGCAUGUGCACAUACACAUUGUUGCAUGUGGACGAAAUAUGUAUGUUGUGCGAAUGCUUUGUCUAUUUGUUUUACAUCAUUGUGCCUCUUCAACUAAAUUUGCUGAAAACGAUAACAUACUUAAUAACACCGGAUAUUAGUUUACAUUGUAGCGAUGUACAUCUAUUCCGAUUUCCAUGAACAAAUGUUUCUCCUUGCUAUGGGAAAGAUUUCAUCCGGGAAUGCGUGUUCCUUCGUGCACUCUUUGCAUUGCUUUAACAAAGUUCAUAGGUGCAAACAAAGAUUCUAGGCUUCUUAGGAUAUUGACUUACCACCCUGACCUCUAUUGGAAGUGUAAAUCUUAUGGGAAUUGACAGUUCGCGCUUCGGUGUUGAUUGAGAGGAAAGGGAGAAUGUCGGAAAUAGACGAUACGGCUGUUUUGGACGUGUCAUCCGAAUGCAAGUCCUUAAUGUUGCAGAGGCAGUGUAGCAGGGAUACAGAUGUCAUGUCUAAUUACAGUACUUCAUUGGAUGAUUCCGUGGUCGCUUCCCCAUCAGUUGAGAGCUUUUCAACGCUGCCAGACCAGGAAUUGUCAGAGUUUGGUGUUGAUACAAGGGAUUUGCUGGUGAAAGUUGAUAAUCCACAGAAGCACCUUGACACACUGGAAACAUACAUAACAUUUCGUAUUACAACAAAGACGACGCGAACCGAGUACGAGGAAACGGAAUACGUAGUUAGGAGAAGGUACAAUGAUUUCGUUUGGCUUCGUCUGAAACUGGUUGAAGCGUUUCCAACUCAUCUAAUUCCACCCCUUCCAGCUAAACACACCUUAAUAGCUCAGUUGGAUCGGUACUCAAAAGAGUUCAUUAUAGCAAGAAUGGCUCUUCUCCAUCGCUUUCUUAAUAGAAUUGCAAGUCAUCCUGUCCUGAGCUGUAACUUGAGUCUCAAAAUAUUUCUGACUGCAAAACCAUCAGAAUUUUCAAUACACCGUAAAUGCCGACUCAGUCUUCUUGGAAGAGUGUCAAACUCUUUGCAGAACUUGGCUUCAGUGUACAUGAUGCAUCAGAAGAAUUCAGAGUUUGACCGUAUUAGGGACUAUUUGACAUCACUUGGAGAAAAACUUACAAAUAUAGACAAAAUAGCACAAAGGAUUCAAAAGGAAAGACAAGAAUAUUUAUAUGAGAUGCACCAGUUGCACCCUAUAUUUACCUUGUGGUCUGCAUCUGAGCCAGAACUUAGUCCAGUAUUGCUUGCUUUAGCAAGUGCUGUUGAACAUAAUUCUCGUUCGCUGCAUAAUGUUCUUGCUGCUGCUAACCCGAGCUUUGUUCAGCCACUGAAGGAGUAUCUGCUAUACAUUCAAGCAGUGAAAGAAGCCCUGCAACGCCGAGAUGCCUUUGAAAUAGAGUAUGAGUUGGCAGUGGAUGAACUUAAGAAAAAAAGAGCAGAAAAGGAACAGCUGAUGGCUGUGGAGCAACAGGUUCCAAUGACUUCUGGAGGGAACUUUAGUCUUGGAGGAGGCUCACUGUGGAGAAGUUCUGGUGAAGCAAGAGAGGAAAAAAUACAAAAAUUAGGUGCUUCUAUACCACAACUUAUCAAGCAAGUAGAGGAAAAUCAAGACAAAGUUGAAUGUGCAAAUGAAGAUCUGAGAGCUGAUUUGGAGCGUUGGAACAACGAGAAAAAAGAAGAUCUGAAGAAAAUAUUUCUUGCACUUGCAAAUCAGCAGAUUAAAUAUUAUGAGCAGUGCCUUGGUGCAUGGGAGGAGGUCCUUCCAGAAAUUAGGGGUUGCAGUGAAACCUCACAACAUAGCAAACCUCUUCAGGUGUCUAGCUAGUUUAGUCCAUAGCCGUUAUACUAUUUUUUAAAAAACACACACACACACACACACACACACACACACACACACACACACACACACACACACACACACACACACACACACAGAGAGAGAGAGAGAGAGAGAGAGAGAGAGAGAGAGAGAGAGAGAGAGAGAGCAAGUAAUAUUGUGUUGUGGAAAGCUGUAGUCUUUUUCAUUGUAGAAUACUGAUGGAGUGCAAUAAUUAUUUCUAUUUUAUUUCUGAGUCUGUAAAACUGAAUCUUGUUUAUCAUCUGCAUAUGGUUGUGAUAUGAUCAUUAUAAGUGAGUUACAUUUAAUUGAAUUGUUACUAGACACAUAGAGAUUGUAGCUAAAUUAUUGAUUUGUUUCUUUUUUUAGUUUAAAGUAUAUGAAUGGUGACUGUGAGAUGAUGUUGAAUUUUAUUGUGAAUUAUUCUACAUUUGUCAUUUGUUGUUUUUUGGUUGCUUAAUUUGUCAUAAUUAUGUUAUAUGUCUUAAUGGCUGGGUAUUUAGAAAAAUACUGAAGCACCAUUUGGAUAGGACAGUGAUUUCCUGAAUUAAAAUGGACAAAUGGUUGCAUCUUGGAAUUAUUUUCGUUCUACACCUGUCUUUGUGAAAUUGUAAAUGGGAUUCCCUUUUAAAAUUUUCAAAUGUUUUAUCACUUUUAGUUAACUUGAUUGUGUAACACAGUGCUGCUUUUGAAUAAGUCUUGUAGGUUUUAAUCAGUGUGGUGGUUAAUAUGGCAUCAUUAACCAUACAUGCUGCCUAUGUUCUAGAAUGUAUUUAAUUUUUCUGUGUAAUCCUUUGAGUACAUGACUUGGUCAUGAUUAAGAAAGUUUGUCAUUAGUAUGUUAUGGGUGAUUUUCCUUCAAGUGAUUUUUUAUUUUUUCAAACAUUUUGUUGGUAGUUUUCCCAUUAUUUGGAUGGUUGCCGAAGUUCUAAAACACACACACACACACACACACACACACACACACACACACACACACAAAUUCAGUAAACUGUAUUUUCAUACUGUUCAGUGUGCAGAAUUUAUACCAUGAAACUUCAGUUGUUCACUGCCUAGGGUUUAUGCUUCAGCACUUUGGUACCAGUGUUUCAGUGGUUUUUAUCUUUAAAAGGCUGGCAUCAUGUAGCCAUGAAAACCUACCGUUCUGUGUACUUACUUACUGAUAAUUAGUUUCAACCAAUAGACCAUCUUAGUCACAUCUGUCACUCGAUGGUCAUUUGACUGAAAUUAGUUGUCCAUAAAUACACACACCUUACAACAGCAUUUGGUGGUUUUGUGAUGCCAUUCUCUAAAUACAUUGUUGAUGUGCAGUACUGUUUACAUAAAAUGUUUUGGUUGUUUUAUCAUUCUAUGAUAUUAUAUUGUCUACAUUUUAUACGUAGUCCAAAUACCCACCCUGCUUUAGCUUCAGAGUUCAAAUCAUUUUAAAUUUUUGUACAACUAGCUACAAGGAUUUGUUAAUGUCUUUGUCUGUUGUCAUGUUAAAGUGGUAGCUUAGUUCAUUUCAUUGUCAUUGUCAUGUUUAUUAAAAUUUUCAUAAGUUGUGGUCAGAUAGUUAUUUCCAAAUUUGAAAAUUUGCCUGAUACGUGUGGAGAAUGAGAAAAUGAGCAUAUAAUUAUUAUUCAUAUAGAGUUAAGAUUUAAGAAAAAAAUAUUCCUUGACUCAGGUAAUAAGUUAAACAAAAAUCUUGUUUGCUAUGUCUUUUUUCUCAAACAUAUAGUACCCAGUAAAGUAGAAUAUGCUUGUACUAAUUAAGGCCAAAGCAUCUUAAAAAUGUAAUUUUGUCUGUAUUGUUCCUGUAAAGUAAUGAUUGCAUCACUGUGCAGUGCUGCCAUUGUGGAAAGUGCAAUUACUAGUUCGUCUUACUUAGCGUUUGGUCUGGUACCAGGCAAUUAAGGCAUCUAAUAGAACAAGUAUUCAUAUAGCUUAUUUUCCAGUCUGUAGAGAUUGUUAUUGCAGUAAGAACAAGGCAAAUUUAAUAAAUAUUCAGAUGUGUAAAGAACAUGUACAGCCCUUCUUUCUGCAGUCUCAAUAUGGUUCUAAGUAUUCAGAAGGUCUGUACAUACUAUUAAAUGCUUAGCAUUCCUAUCUGACAAUCAUUAUAAUUAGCACGAUGAAGUAUAGUUUAUUAGAUUUGAGAUAAAAUAAGCCAACCCUACAUGUAGUGUGGAUGAAGAUGGAUCUACUGAAAUACUCAAAAGUACAAAAUGUGAUUUAGUGAAGCAUGGUAUGUACAGCAUUCAACAUAGUUUGAAGUUUUGUAAUUCAUUUACAUUUGUGUGUGUGUGUGUGUGUGUGUGUGUGUGUGUGUGUGUGUGUGUGUGAUUACAAAUCGUCAUAUAAAUACUACGUGGAUUCAUAAUAGAAUAUUGAUGAAAAUAUUGCUGUCCCCCAUUAUACAUUAUAGUACAAUUUUGCUAUAGUAAUGACACUUGGUGCACAUUUUCUCUGGUUGGUGUUGCCUCAUUCAGAUUUUAAUUCACCUUUUCACUUUAACUCACUGUUAAACAGCAAAUUACUAUUAUGCUGUUGUAGAUGACCAUGAAGUCAAAGGCAAAGAUCAUAAAUGUAGUUAUUGUUAUGGAAGACCAUGUGAAUACUAUAUGAUGUGCGUUGAUUGUGCAGUAUUGUGCACAUGAUCUAUUCCAGUGUCAUUGGAAGAACGUGCUUUGUUAUGUCAUAUCUAUAGUUUUUUUUAUCAGACUCCCCGUAAUUUUCUUUGAAGUGUAAUUGAAAGUAAUUUUAUCUACAUUGUGUUACUAUAAGUCAAAAGUCAAAUACUCUUCUGGAAGUUCGUGUGAUAGGUAAAAGCACAUGUGGAGAGAAAAACAAUAAAUUAAAGAAAUUCACAAGCUCUAACUUUUAGUGGUUCAUUUCCAGCAUAUUUUCUAGCAUUAUAAAAGUUGAAGUAUAGCAAUAUACAGUAUUACUCUGUUGUAGAUGAUAUUAACAUUUUGACACACACACACACACACACACACACACACACACACACACACAGUCAGUGAUCCCCUUAAAUAUUUUACUUAAAAUACAGGCAAGACUAAUUGGUCUAUAGGUUUUGCUGUCAUCCAUUGUUCCCUUUUUCUUGUCCCCUGUAUUACCGCCACUCCAUUCCAGAAAUCUGGGAGCAGGCUAUUAUUUAUACAAUGGUAUGAUGGGUAUCUUAUGUAAAGCAGUGCUCUAACCAUGUUCUCUCUCUCUCUCUCUCUCUCUCUCUCUCUCUCUCUCUCUCUCUCUCUCUCGAUGAGUUAGAUUUAGGUUUAUGAUUCUGUCUCCACAAAAUGUGUUACUAAUUUGAAAAUAUGUGUGGCAAAGGGAAGAGAGUAAUUUAUUUUCAUAAUAACUGUUACACAGGUCACCUACCAGACUAAAGGUAUCUAUUUUGUUUUGGGAUUUGGCUGAUGUGGUUACUGUUGGGUUUGUUGUGCUACCUCAUGAAUAACCCUGCAUAAAGAUGCUAUAACACUGUUAAUGGAAACAAAAGAUUAAAUUUGUUGCAUCAUGAGAUUUUGGAAAUUAUGUAGUUGUUAUUGUGGAUUAAAGACAAAAGGGAUAAAAGCUGUCUAGGGCAAAAAUAAAGUAAGUUUGAUGCAGACUGGGUGAGGAGGGGGUGGGAGUGAGAGGUGGGGGAGAAGAGGCAGGAGUUAGCAUGAAAGUGUUAGGUGUAAAAUCAAAUUUUAAUAUUUGAGAAAUAAUAGGUUUCAGGUGUUGAAACAAAUUUUUAAAAGGUAAACAAAUUAAUGGAAAACAGCGUAAAAAAUAAUGAAAUUAUAAUAUUAAUGUGUUUGAUUUUACAAUCAUUUUACAUUGAAGAUGCCUGUCUAGUUAGUUGAUUAUCCUAUUCACCUGUUUUGUGAGAGAAAACAUAUUUUUGUUAUUGGCAUAUUUGAUGCAUAUCAUUUUGGGCAGCCCAUUCCUGAUUUCUUUUGUGUUGAAAAGUAGGUAAAGAUUAUGAGUGAAAUAUUGCUGAGAUUGUAUGUGAAAAAUUGAUUACCUGAUUGGGGUAGCGUCAUGGCAGUCACAGUUCUAGUCAUGGAACUAGUAAUUUAAAUCUUCUUUGCAAUCUUAAUUUCAUCUACUUUGCUUUUGUGACCAGCUCCCUUCAGUUGCCACUAGUGCAUCCUUUCCCAUUUCUAAGUCGAGAAAAAAUAUCUAAUUUUUUUAUGCUUCACUUCUCCUCAACAAACUUCUAAAAAAUCUGUGUAUACCACUAAAUCUCACGUUUGUGAUAUCAUCUUCUCUAGCCAUAACUUAGCAGCUUUGUAUGGUCCUGUGUUGUACAUACUGUAGUUCCAUAUCAUAUGCAAAUACACACAUGUGUACAAUUUUUAGACAUGUAUGGGCAGUGUCUUUUUAAAUUUUUAAUUGGCAACAUAUUCUAGAAAAUAAGUAGCUAGGUCAGUUAGGCAGAGUACAGACUGAAACAUUUAUACUUAAAUCAAACUGAUGACAUAUUUUUACCGACAUUUUUGUGUGAAAGUAAGUUUUUAAACAGUAAAAACUUAGUGCAGCAUUCAAUCAUUUAAUGUCCAGAAGCCGGGCUUGACAGUGCCUUCUUGUUAGCAUUAUGCUGUGCUGUCCUAGCUGUCAUCAGAUGGGCCUACUUCAUCCACAUUGCAAAUUUGAGUGGACUCGUCCAUUUCAUUUCCCCCUGGAAUACAAAUGGCAGAUUUAGCAAUAAUAUUUUAUGUGACAUAAAGUAAAUACUAUUUAUUCCAUUAUUUCUAUAUUCAAACAGUUUUCCAAUUGAUUACAAUUGAUUUUAAAAUCACAUGGCUCCAUAUCAGAUCACUAAAUGAGGGUUCAGUGUACAGUAAAUAUGUAUGUAGAUCACUUUAACAUUAGGGAGCUCAUUGAGCCAUCAGCAUACAUUAUUAUGGAUGGAUGAGCUGCCACAUGCUCAGGUGGUAUACUUGCAGAUGUACUAUAUGUAGAUUGCCACAUUUAUUGCCUAAAGAUGGAGUCUCGUGGCUUCAAAAUUGAUCAAAAUUUAAUUUAAAAGUGAUAAAUACAGCUGUUUGAAUAUGGAAAUAAAACAAGGAAUAAAAUAUUUAUUUUUUGCCAUAAAACUAUCAGCAGCUGAUGGCUCCUCCUCUUCCAUAACUGUGGAAUCUGUAAGAUGAUAAUUUGUGAUGUUGCAGUUGUGUGCAAAAUUCCAUUAGAAAGCUCAACAGGUGAAGCAGUGUAACUGACCAUUACUGACUGAAAUUUGUGUGCCUCAGUAUUGAUUUAAGAGCUUUUAUGUUAGAUUUAAAACAGUGUCCUUUUAAGAAAACCAACUGGUCUUACUACUGUUUGAUCAAAUGUGUUGAUUAUGUGCAAGUACCCUCUUUAACUACCUUCAAAAUUUUGUCAUCAGUAAUUAUUGCAGUGGCCAGGUAAAAAUGUAUUGAAGUUACUCUGGCUGUGGAAUUGGUGAAUUUAUGUUAAAUUUCUGAAUUCUAUUAAAAUGUCCUAUCAUACUACAUAAUAAAUUAAUCCAAAUCUAAUGUGUCAUAAUUUGGAUAUCCAAUAACUGAGGAAGAGUUUAUGUACUAUUAUAUCAUUCAGUUAUUAAUUUUCAUAUGUAAGUGUUAUGAUUUCUUAUUUCUGAUGAAGGUCCCUUACGAGGUAUCCAGAAUAAGUUUUCAUGAUUCAAACUACUGGUUUGUCCAAACAUUGAUGUAGGAAUGUUCAGUUAUUUGCGGCCUAAGGUGCACAUAUAAAUAGGAGACACUAGCCUUUUUGUGAGUGUGUGUAUUUUCAUAUGUAAUAUUUCCUAAAUUGACUUAGUCUGUCGCAGUAUUUUUUUUUAAACCUUUUUGUCUUUCAUGUAAUUGUAGUUACAUCUUGAAAGUGGGCUGUGCCUAGAUAUAACUUAAAUUCCUUGUGAUAAAGUAAAUAUUCCAACUGUUUAUUAACAUAAUUCUAUCUCCAGGAAUAUUCUGGGGAGAGAAGAAUGUUAGCUUAAAUGUGAUAAAGUACAUUGUGACUAGAGUAACAGAUUGCCAAAUUGUUGAAAUUAAAAAAAUAUAUUACUAAUUGACAACUGAAAGGAGGACAUACAAAAUAUGACCAGUUAAAAUUGUGGUUGGCUGAAGUUUAUUGCAAGUGGGAGAUAGAUGUGGUAUCAUGGAAGAAGAAAUAUAGUACUGGACAUGGAAACAGGGCUGAGAUAUUUAUACAAAAAUCAAGGACACCUUAACUAUCAAAGUUGAAAUGCAAAUGAUUACAGUGUAAGCAUAGUCACAUAUGACAUUGAUUUUAUCACAGAUGAGUGACUUGCUAUAGCUUUUUCUAACUCCAGCGAUGUUUAAUUCAUUCUUAUGUGCUGCAGCAACAGUAGUUAACCAAUCUGUAAAGUGUUCGUAAUUUGGUAAUCUCUAGAUAUGGCUGAGCCAAUAGAAGUGUGUGCAUAGUGACGUCACUAUGCUAUGUUGUAGUUAGGAAGGAAAGCAGCAGAGGAUGACUGAACUCAGUGUAAAUGUAAAAGUAAACAUGUGGUGCAAUAUUAUAAAAUUCUUAUUGUUCUGCUUUCCAGACAAGUUGGUACCCAAUAGUAGUGUACAGAGAGCCCUGGCUCUAUUGAAGCAGAGGUAGUUACGUAAAUGACUCCAUCCAAGCACACACUUUGAUUGGUGAGGCAAUACUCUAAUUAGUCAUCUUGAUGUAAAUGCUAACAGACCAUUACAAAUAUAACAAUGUGGAUUAAUAAUACCUUGCAGAAGACUUGAAAUUGUUCUUUCCUGUGAUCUAUUUUUGUAUUAGACAUGAGACGUUCAUGUUAGUUCAGAAGUAUCACAAAAUUUAUUGCAGAGAUUCAUUCACUUCAAAUAUCAAUAGAAACAUUUAAAAAAAUCAUAACUGCAUGUCUUAGCCUAUAUGAUUGUAGGCACAGCCAUUACAAUUGUGCAAUAGAUGAAUGAAAUUUUGCAUAAAUCACAUUAGCACCAUUUAUAUUACAUUACUUCAAAGAAAGCAUUAAAAAGCUACAGUAUAUUUACUUCUUCUUUCAUGAUUACAUUCAUUAUUAUUACUACUGACAUGUUAGACUGCAUGUCGUCUUUUGUAAUUUCAGUAUUAAUUGGAUUUAUAACUAGAAUGUAUUUGAAAAACUUGAUAAGUAGAAGAGUUCAGUGAUAUGGAGAAAAUGGUACUGGCUGUCACUUUCUAAUAGGUGAUAUAUGGGACCAUAUAUUAUAUUGAGACAAUUUGUUAAAACGUGUUGAGAUAUUUAUCUGUAGGAUUUAUAAGUGGCAGUUUCUCCAGAACAAUAUUAUGAACAAAACUGUUGUUUUCAUUUAUUAAUAGGAUGACAGGCUUGUGCGUGUGCAGCUUUCAUUGUAAAUGUAGUGUAUGCUACACAGCUCAUGUGUACUUACAAACUUUCAUCAUUGCAGUACUUUUUAGUUCAUGCAUAUGCCAACAUUUAUACUUUGUCUAGUCCAGCUUUUGACUGAUAGUUCUACUAAUUUUUGUGUCUAUACAAUGUAGUUUUCGUGUGUUGUCCUUAAAAUAUAGUGUGGGUACAGUAUAAAUGCACUUGCAAAUAUAAUGUUAAUUGAAACAAUUGUCAUUUGGUGAUUGAAAAAUUAAUUACUGUGGUACAUAUCGUUCAUUGCAAUUCAGGGUAUGGCUUCUGCAGUACUUUAACCAUGAAGUUAAAGUAAUUUUGAACACCAGUAGUAUAAUUACAGGCUGAAAUGAAGAUAUUUAAUGUAAUAGUAAUACUUUUGAAAAUAAAUGUGUUCAUUUGCAUUACAUA